AUGGUAAUCGGCAGCGAUAUACUUCCACAAAUCCUGCUGGAAGGUAUACAAAACAUUUGCGACACAAUACUUGCGCAAAAAACAAUAUUUGGCUGGAUUCUCAGUGGUCCAGUAACCGAAAAUGUGGUGUCAUUCUCGACACAAGUAGAAGAGUGCUCGAAUGCAACUCUCAGCUCUCAGCUUCGAAAGUUUUGGGAAGAGGAGGAGAUUCCACAGCCUCCACAAAUUUCCCCGGAAGAUCAGGCUUGUGGGCAUAUAUAUGCAACAACAACGACUCGUGCCCCAAACGGUCGAUACAUUGUGCGACUUCCAUUCAAGGAAGAAUUUCCAAAAAAGCUGUCUCUGGGCCACUCUCGGUCUGCUGCACUGCAGCAGUUUUUUAGCAUGGAGCGAUCGCUUCAGAAAAAAGGAGACUUAGGCACAAUGUAUAACAAUGUGUUGCAAGAAUAUCUCGACCUCGGUCAUAUGGAGCACACGAAGCCAUGUGAGAUAGUAGCUAAUGGCAAAUACUUCUCAUUCUACUUGCCACACCAUGCGGUCGUCAAACCAGAUAAGGUAACCACCAAAGUUCGCGUGGUAUUCAACGCCUCAAAAACAUCUGGUUCAGGAAAAUCCCUGAAUGACGUGUUGCACACUGGUCCCACACUCCAGCCAGAUCUCAUGCUGCUCAUUCUGCAGUGGCGAAUGUACAGAUUCGUGUUCAAUGGCGACAUUGAAAAAAUGUAUCGUCAAAUACUCAACCAUGAGGACGAUAAAGAUUUUCAGCGAAUCUUAUUUCGCACAUCGGCUGACUCUCCUGUCACCGAUUAUAAUCUUAAAACCGUAACGUUCGGGGUUAAUUGUGCACCAUACCUCGCUAUCCGUACCCUGCAUCAAUUAGCAGAUGAUACGAUAGCGACAUUUUCCUUGGCUGCCGCAAUACUUAAAACCGAAACGUAUGUGGAUGACAUCCUAUCCGGAAGUCAUGAUAUUGACAACGCCACUGAAUCACUUCUUCAAGUGAUCAAAGCGCUUAAGUCAGCUGGUUUCAUACUCAAGAAACUAACGGCCAAUCAUCCGACGGACUUUUACGGGUUAAUGGCCGAUUAG